GAUGGUUAUAGCGUUGUGGUGUCCAUGAAAGCAAACUUUGAAACUAAAAGAAAAAUUAAUUUAUGAAAUUUUAUAAUUGUAUAUCCUUAAUAUAUAUUGUUUUAUCUUUAUGAAUGUUAAAUACUUAAACUAUAAAUAUAAUUUAACUGUGGCAAUCUAAUAUCAGUUAAAGUUAAAGGAUUAUUUUCAAACAACAAAAUAUGUAGGGUUAACUUGAUUUUAUUUAACAGAAAUAUUAAUUUUCUUCUUAAAAAGAAAUUACCUCUUCCGAAUCAUGUACGACGUAUAUCAUCCUAGUUAUUAUAAUAUUGGAAAGUUGGGUUGUACUGAUCCUAUAAAAAUAAGUACAACAUUUUAUGUUUAUAUUGAAUUGUGUGAAGCAAAAAGAUAUUGGGAAGUUAAUUACAAAUACAAUGAAAAUCUCGAUUUGUUAUAUUUGGAAGUAAAAAAAAAUAAAAAUUCACAAACAGAAGUAUAUGUACCUUGGCCAACGUCAUCCAACAUCUCUCUUGAUAUGAUCGAAAAGAUACAAAAAGAUUUAGAUAUUGAACAGAUAACCCUUGUUUUUAAAUUGGAAGAUAGCACAAGCAUUAUUUACAAAGUUAGCAAAGGUCUUGUGAAACCUAUAAGUCCAGAAAAAACUAAAUUGAUGAAAGAGAAAGAAGAAAAGAAAUUAAAUUUAGAGAAAGAAAUAAGGAAAAAUACUUCAUAUUUGUAUGAGCUAGCAAAGUCCUUAAAUACAGAAGAUGCUAAUAAGGAUGAUUCAAAUAUAAGCCAUGACAAUAAAAUGAUAACUGAAUAAAAUAUUUUAUUAAUUUUUUGAAUUCUUUGAAGAUUAGGAUUUUUUAAAAAAGUAGGUAUAAAAUUAUAAGAUAUUUUCCUUAAAUAUUUAUUAUUGAAAAAAUUGUUGUUUAAUAUGUAUAUUAUUUCUAUGCUUGAAAUAUAGUAAAAUUGAAAAGACUUACUAGAUAUUAUGUAACUAUUUAAAAUGAUAUGUAUUAAGCUGCCAUUGCAAUUGUGGAUAUUAAAUAAAUUAUUGCUUAAGACA